AUGCGUUUCUCCAACCUCUUCUCCGCCACGGCCAUCGCCUUGGCCAGUAUGGCCACCGCUCUGCCCUCCUCACAACAUGGCAACGAUAACAACGGCAACGGCAACGGCAAUGGCAAUGGCAACAGUGGACAAUGCAUUCCCUACGACACUGCUGUCCAAGUCGUCAACGCCUUCGUUUCCACAUUGACCGCCUUCAACGCCGACGUGGCCACCAACCUUCUAGCUCCAGACUUCACCGACACCUCGGACUCGAUCAAUUUCCUGGCCGGCAUCCCCUUGGGAUCCGUGACAUUUCCAUCUCCAGCAGCAUACAUUGCCGGCCAGGGCGCCCAGCCUCCCAUUGGUAUAGACAUUCUCAACAUCGACGCCGUGACGUGUCAGGGAGUCAUUGUGUUUCGAUGGGUUGCCACCGUGGGGCUCAACGUCGACCCUGUCAAGGGUAUCUCCGUGCUGUAUACCGUCAAGUCUGGAUCUAAUGCCAAUACCGUCGGUCCGAACGGGUAUCAGUUGGAGACGCUGUACAGCGAGUUCAACUCGGCUGCCUGGGUUUUGGAUAUUGGAGGGACUUGUGCUCCUCCUGCGGCGCCGGGGCGUUUGUUCAGGCUGUGA